GGGAGAUAAGUGUGUGCUGCUUGAGGAGAGGACACAGCUGGGGGAAGCGAGAGGAGUUGAUCCAGAAAGUGACUGCUGACAGCCCGCUUUGUAAUAGAUGUCUCGGACUGAGAAGUGAAAACUUUCCGACUCAGAGUGAGCGUGGUCCUGCCUGAAAUCCCUUCGUUGAUGGUCAAGGGAUAAAAUGAAAUCAUCUUUAUGGUCUUUCCAUCUCUGAGCUGUCUGAAUUAAACAACUCCACAUCGGCUGGCCACCAUGAAUUCCUCGGACCUGCCGGGCGCCAACGUCACACCAGUGUGUUACUCCAUCAAAAGCCCACCAUUCAAGUAUCACCCUACUGUCGCCUCAAUCUACUACUCAUCCAUCUUCAGCACUUUGGGUCUCAGCUCCAAUCUCAUCGCCUUUAUUGUGUUGCUCAAAUCCUUCCGACGGACACACAAUCGCUCACGGUCAUCUUUUCUAAUCUUUCUGGGCGGUUUAGUAGUUACUGACUUCAUGGGUCUUCUGGUCACGGGCUUGAUUGUGGUCUCCUACUAUGUAACACAUUUUAAUUGGCGUGAAUUGGACCCAAACUGCCACUUUUGCAACUUCAUGGGAAUGUCAAUGGUUUUCUAUGGACUGUGCCCUCUGCUGCUUGGUGCUGCCAUGGCCACAGAGCGCUUUAUUGGCAUCAACCUUCCAUUUGCACGCUCCGCCAGCGCACCCAAGAGAAGGACGGUCUCCAUGGUGUUGAUGGUGUGGAUGACAGCGGGUUGCAUUGCACUGCUGCCCCUGACUGGCAUCGGCAGCUACCACAUUCAGAUACCUGGCUCUUGGUGUUUUUUCAACAUCAGCUCAGAGGGCAAUGACCUGGCCUUCUCCCUGCUUUUUUCUCUGGUCGGAUUGAUUUGCAUCACUGCGUCCUUUUUGCUGAACACAGUGAGUGUGGUGACCCUGAUCAAGGUGUGCUGUGGGCAGGACAGCGCCCAGCGCCGCAGAGAUCAUGAAGUGGAGAUGAUGGUACAGCUCAUCCUUAUCAUGACCAUCGCAUCUGUCUGCUGGUGCCCCCUCCUGGUCUUUAUUGCUCAAACUGUGCUGUCCGGAGGUCCCUUACAGAUCAAAUACCUUGUACUUUGGAUACGUUUCGCCACCUGGAACCAGAUCCUCGACCCCUGGGUUUACAUCCUGUUUCGUAGGGCCGUUUUCAAAAGAAUCUUCCCUAGUUUUGACUGGUCCAGAGGGUCGAUCAUGUCUUUGUACCCGUCUUUCAGAGAAACUGUCCGCAGGUAUACACGACCUUCACUUCUAAGUAAUGAGGGUUCAAACCAAACAGCGGAGAUGACAAAAUCCAGUGUGACCUCCCCACCUACCGCAAAGCCACCCCCAUCUUCUACAUGAUUAGAUGGAUUUGAAAUGAUGCAGCAGCAGACUGGGUAGCAUUACAGGAAUAUAUAUAUAUAUAUAUAUAUAUAUAUAUAUUUUUUUUUUUUUAACACAUCUUCCUGUAGAGAUAGCAGAAUUGCACCAAUAAUCUGAAAGCAUUGAAUCUUGACACUCAUUGCAUGUCCUUAGACAUGUUUUCUCAGACUGAUGACACCAUUUCUGUUUUUGCAUCCCUUGAUCAGGUUGAACAGUCAAACCUUCAAUAUAUCAGUGAAAAGACAGAUUAUUCACAGUAGUAGCACUGAAGUCAGGCACUUUGAUGAUAUCAAUGUGCAAUGUUGUUUUGUUUUGUUUCAUAUUCUUUCGUUAAGUUAUAAUUCAGUAUUUGAUUUAGGUAUCAUCAGCACCAUAUGGUAGAUACCGUCUGUCUGUCUGUCUGUCUCUCUCUCUCUCUCUCUCUCUCUCUCUCUCUCUCUCUCUCUCUCUCUCUCUCUCUCUCUCUCUCUCUCUCUCACACACACACGCACACACACACACACACACACACACACACACACACACACACACACACACGAGAUGCUCUUGGGUUGACAUCUGAUUUUGCAGCGGUCCAGUCUCGGGUUUCAACGUGUUUUGGGGGCCUACAGUAAGACUAACGCUAGAUUUCUCACAAGGCUAUAUUAUUUUACGGAUUGUUAUAUCUAUAGAUAACCUGUUCCUUUUUGUGAUAGAGGACAAGCUUUCAGUCUGUUUCCAGUUUUUCAGGAAAUCACAUUCCAAACUUUAAAAUCAUGCUCCUCUGUCAUAAAUAGACAUGUUUUCCAGAUGAAAAUUCAGCAAUGCAUAAAGUGGAUGCCACUUACAUGGUUGUGAUGAAAAACAUUUAUUUUAAAAAUGAAUUUCUAGCUUAAUAACUAAGAGUAUUUUCUUUUCCUGAAGCAAUGUAUCAACUCUAUGUAUCACACACCACCCUGAGAUGAGUACUUAUUGAGUAGAAGUGAUGCAAGAAAGUGUAUUUGUUUGAUUUUUGAUUUUCCUUUUUCAGAAGUCUUUCACAUGAUUGCCUUACCUUUGUAAAAUUGCCACUUUAAUCAUUUGAGCAGAGGAAAAAUCAGAAAAUCUCAGAGCAGCUUAUUAAUUUGUGUGAAUUGAAUUUAAUUAGUAAAUCAAAUUAUCACAUUUUAAUACCAGCAUGAAUUGGGAUGCAAAAAGGUUUUUGACAAGCUAUUAUUCUGAGUCAUUUUCAUAUGAAAAGAUGUGCAAUUAUACAUUGAACUUAACACGUGUGUAUUUGUUUGCACGUGCCAGUGGAUAUGUACUUCCAUUUAUGUUAGGAAUAUUGUUGCAGGUUUGUCUCGUGUAAAUGGUUAUCAAGCAGUUUGGUAAUUUGAUCAGUUAUAUGACAAGCUAAACUGAUUUAGCUUCCAUAAUUUUGUGCACUACAUGAUUGCUUAGAUAUGCAGUAAUCAAUCUAAUCCUGCACAUGAACAUUGUGUUAUCGCUGCUGUCAGUCUGUCGCUCAGCUACUAAAAGGCCAAGCUCAUUAAAGAUAAUGGCAAAUAUGCAUUUCAUUUGAAUUCUUUUGAAAUAUUUAAUAUAAUGAAGUGUAAAUGUGGAAUGUGUGUGGCAUCAUGUGGCAAUUGACUGUAGAUGUAAAUAAACCAUCAUCAUUAUUUUAUUUAUUUA